AAAACUUAUCAACAUUAGCGGCAGCAGAUUUCCUCAACGAUGGAAGUGAAUUUCAACGUCAGGUCUUCGUCAUCCACCCGCCCACAAGGUCUUCGGCGCAAGGACAUGCGCAAGGAAGCGUGGGAUAAACGGUAUGAAGACUCCAGAAAAGGAACAAGACAUAGUCUCAAAUUGCCAACAGAACACCGUGCUCGCUUUCAAGAGCCGUACGACUCUUACCUUUCCCACCUUCUUGACCUCCUCCCAUCUCCAGCGCAUGGUUGCUCUAUUCCACCGUCAUUUGUUGACCAAGCUCGACGGUUAGCACCGCGUGGCUCUGGCUGGACCGUGUGGCUCUCAACUGAACUGAGACAAAAGUUCAGGGAUAAAAAAAGCCAGCUAGUAUGUGAUGGCAAUGUUACUCACGGGGAAUUUGUCGAAUUGCUGUUGAGGAUUGAUGAAGGGCAGCCCGGUGACGCCUUCAAGGUCGAGACUGACGUCGCCAAUUCCUCAUCAAAUACGUGUGAUUCUCAUUCCGAAGCGUCCGGUGCCGACGAUUCCUGUGACUUUACUGAUGCAGACGUUGACCCUCCUUUGACGUCGGUGGACGAGAAGGACGAAUUGUUUAUGAAGGACUACCUUUCAGGACUAGCAGCGAUGCCAGAGGAAGCGGAGCCGCUGCCACCGUACCGUGACCAAAAAUCUUCAAACCUUCCCUCACGUCUGUCAGAUACCCCUCAUAGCAUCCUCGGAUACGCCCUUAACUGUCGCCCAUCAGCCGCAGGAUCGUCAACUAUCGCCCUUGCUGCGCUCCCUAUUCCCCCCUCAAACACCGAUACCCAUGCUCCUCCAUACAGACCCAUGCUGGGACCUGGCGAGACCAACGAACCCCUUCCACCCUACUUGGACGUGAACACGAAGGAGUCUGUCGCUGCCACACAGUGGGAGCUGGAAAAUUCAGAUUCAAAUCCUGACACUUUAUUGUCAUACGCAGAUUCCGAGGCUGUACGGUAUGAUGACUCUGCACCGCCGUCUCCUCUAUUGAGCUGGAGCGUGUGUAGUGCUGGACAAACUGAAGAUAGACCGCUGACGGAGGACUACAAGGAGAUAUUCGGUUCUCAUGGCCCCAUUGACGAGCCGUUGCCGUCGUACGAGUGCUCCGUUGCGGAUGCGGACGGGAAUGCCAGUAAGAAGCAAAAAGAAGUAAUGGGCAUGGACAUCACGUCAUUUUCACUGGCGUCGGGCAAAGUCAGCGGACAGGACAAGGGCAUCCAGACUGCAGAUUUGAGCACUCUUUCUUGGUGGUCUGACAAUAUGGUGGAUAUAAGUGAUCUCGAUGUGUUGGAUCCCGCGCUUGAGAUGGACCUGGAUUUUGAUUGUGCAGGCGUGAGCGAUUCUUCGGAUUCGUCAACGCAAAUGGACCUCGACGCCGAUUCGCGUUAUCUUCUUUCGCGAUUCACCCUACUUGAUGAAUUGAGUACCUCAUUUGACGGGAACAUGUCUUCGUCAACAACACCGACACGACAAUGGCACAAGGAGAAUGGUCUAAAUAACCGAGUUCCUCCAUGGAGUGACCGCAACAUGAUUCGGGACGUCGGCGGGUUUGGGGCGGAUACCUCGUCGCUACGGUCAUGGUCGCAGCGCGAAGAAAGAAAUUAGGUCUUUGACUGGAAGGGCUGGUGGUGAUACCUCUUCAUAUAUGAGUUUAUUGUGUAUUCUUUUACAGUAGGACAGGCAGGAUUGCCAAACUUUAUGUACAAAUCUGAUAUUUGAUUUUUCAAGCA